UUUCUGCAGUUCUCGAAUAAUAAUCUAACAAUGUAGACUAGAUUAAUAGAUCUGUUUGUCUUCUUUUAAAAAGCUGAAAUUACCAAAACUAAAUCUCUUUAAAAUAGCAUAAUCAUGAUGAAAAAGAGAAGGACUAAAAGUAAUUUAGAAGUCAUGCUGUAACUAAGUUCUACACUAGUAGAUCUACUAGAAUCUCUGAAUCUGUAUUACUCAAUAACUGGACUGUCACUCAACUUCUCAAGUCACUCAAGUCACUGUCUCAAUACUCAAUAAUAGUAGUACUAGUAACUUUUAAGGCUGCUAGUCUAGUACUAGAUGAUAAAUCUAGAUAAAACUGAGUUACUGAGAGUUGUACAUUUUGUAGAGGAGAGCUAUUAGCACUUCGUCUGUAUAAUCAGAAGUUUAAGACAAAUGUUCAGCUCAACAUCAGCUGCACAAGCCUCUCAGCCUCCUCUGUCAGAUGCCUCGUACCUGGAAAGACAGACUGAAGAGUAUCAAGUCUUAGAAUCAAUUUAUGGUAAAGACUUGGAAGAUCUACGAAAGAAAAAUGCUUGGAAGAUUGCUCCUUGUUUAGAAGUUAAGCUGACAUUAAAACCUCAACAAAGUAUGGGUGGUGAAAGUUGUAACUAUGUUCAGCUAGAUAUGGUCAUCAAAUGCCCUCCAAGAUAUCCAGAUUUAGCUCCAGAGAUAUCUCUAAUAAACCCCAAAGGAUUAUCUCAUCAACUAGUUGCUGAACUAAAAUCUCAGUUAGAUAAAGCAGCAGCAGAACUAAUAGGAGAGGUGAUGAUCUGGCAGUUGGCCAAUGACGUUGAAGUGUUUCUCCACAAACACAAUAAGCCACCCCCACAAUCUUUCUAUGAUCAAAUGAUAAGUAACAAAAGGCAACAGCAAGAAGAGAAAAAAGAAAUGGAACGACUCAAAGAAGAGCUCAAACGCCAGGAAAUGGAGCAGGAAGUCUUAAAACGUCAAGAGUUUCUCAAAAGUGAGGAGAACAGGAUGCGAAAAGGAAAUCACAGAAGUUUAGAGACUCCUCAGGGCAUCUCUUUCCAAAACAAUUCAUCACUGCCUUCAACUGUACCUAUUGCCAUAGCUAAACAACAGCAGCAUGCUACCCACCAAUCAUUCUCUCCUGAAACUCCUAAAAUCAUUUCCAGUUCACCAAACAACUCUGCUUUGACAGUUCCUCAGACUCAGAGACGCCGAAAAACCAGCACACCAAAAAGAAAUGAGGAUGAGGAUUCAGGGAAGACAGCUUUAAACAAACACCUAGAUGUUGUGACCAUGUUGACCUUCCCACUCAAUAACACUGAGGUUAAAGUUCAAAGAGGAAAAUGUUUAGGUCAGAAUAGUAGUGGUAGCACAAUGUUUGUUGGAAUGGACAUGGUUGGCGGAGAUCUUGUGGCCAUUGCAGAAUGGAUUUUGGAGUGGAGGAAAUUUAGUAAAAAGGCAGCAAAUUUUAUUGACAAAGAAGAUGAUCCAGAGGCCGAAGGUUUUCUCAAUCAGGUUUUGAGCAUUGAACAAGAACUGAGGGCAUUAGUCAAACUCAAUCAUCCAAACCUUAUUCAUUAUAGAAAUUGGAAAUACGAUUGUUUACCUGGGAAAAUUAUUUUUCAUAUUCUGAUGGAAUACUCAGGAGGCAUCAAUCUAUCAUUUUAUACCCAUCAAAACAAUUCCCUUCCAUUAGAAAUGCUUCGACUGUACACACAGGAGAUUUUAUUGGCUUUACAGUACUUACAUCGCAAUUCUGUUGUUCACAAAAAUCUCAGGGCAUCAAGUAUUUUUAUUGACAGAAGUGGUAAAGUAAGAUUAGGGGACUACAGUAUUGAUAAGAGACUUGGUGAUCUUUAUGAUGCUGUUGAUAAAACUCGACCAGGUGUGAAGUUCUCAGAUACCAGACCUGUGGUCUUAGGACGAGGCGGACAGAAGGGGGACAUCUACCAACUAGGUUUGUUGUUGUUAUCACUUAUCAUAGGCCAGCCAUUGAUGAAAUCUUUGCCAGACAUACCAAACUCCUUACCAUCUGUUGUUCAAGACUUUUUAAAUAAAUGCUUAUUAAGAGACGAAAGACUUCGAUGGACAGCUGUACAAUUAUUAGAACAUCAUUUUAUCAAGGAGAAGUUGCCUCUAACUCCCACUGCUAAGGGAAUUCCUAGCUGCAACACAUCUCCAGUCAAAGAUGCUGAUGAAACAGGUGAAGAGAAUUCAGAUAUUAAAGAAGAUGAAGGCUUUGAAUACUUAAACAGUUUAGUAGCUAGUGGUCAGUCACGUUUGGCAUCAGAAUUCGAACUUUUGAGAAUUUUAGGCAAAGGAGGUUUUGGAGAUGUGAUAAAGGUGAAGAACAAAUUAGAUGGAAGGUUUUACGCCAUCAAAAGAAUUCCUUUGAACCCUCGUAGUAAAUUAUUCAAUAAAAAAAUGAAGAGAGAAGUGAAACUUUUGUCUCGAUUAAACCAUGAAAAUGUUGUCAGAUAUUACUGUUCCUGGAUAGAGAUCAGCAAUGAUCCAGCCUUGUCAGAGUCUUCUUCCAGCUUCACUUCCUCAUCAUCUCAAGCUCUCAAGACUUCUGUCUCCCAUAAGAAAGCUCCUCACAUAGUGAAGGUCAUACCUCUUACCAAAACACCCAACCUGAGGUCAGCUAGCUCCAGCUAUGAUCCAGUCAAUGAUAUUGAAAAUCUGGUUCCCAGAGCAGGAGAUGAAUCUGUGGAAUGGACAACAUCUUUUGAUCCAUGUGCUAUGACCACCAUAGACUCGUCUUCUUCAUCUUCUGAGGAUGAGGCGGAUGUUUUUGGCACAUCAUUUAUGCCAAAAAUGGACAGAUCAGAAGAUAGCAUUAUAUUUGAUGAUGUAGAUGGGAAGAAAAAAUCACAAUCUGAGAGUGAGGAAGAGGCUUUAACUGAAGUGAAUACACCUAACAAGAAAACAGAAGAAAACAUGCUGUUAAAAAUACUCUACAUUCAGAUGGAGUACUGUGAGAAAAGUACAUUGAGGAACUGUAUUGAUGCUGGUCUGUGUAAUGACAUGGACAGGGUCUGGAGACUGUUUAGAGAAAUUAUUGAAGGAUUAGUUCACAUACAUGGCAAGGGUAUGAUUCACAGAGAUUUAAAACCAGUCAACAUUUUCUUAGAUUCUCAUGACCAUGUCAAAAUCGGUGACUUUGGGCUUGCAACAACUGACAUAAUAGCUAGGCAAGGAACAGUGGUCGACUCAACAUUGCCUUCUUCUCAAGACAUGGGCUUGAAUCUCUCAAGAUCUGGCUGUAGCACUGGAGAUCUGACUGGCCAGGUUGGCACAGCUCUUUAUGUUAGCCCUGAGAUCAUGAAGGGUCUGGGCAAAGUUCACUAUGAUCAGAAAGUAGAUAUUUAUAGUCUGGGUAUUAUCUUCUUUGAAAUGUGUUACAAGUCACUGUCUACUGGGAUGGAGAGAGUUAGGAUUAUCAAUGGUUUACGUCAACCUGAAAUUAUUUUACCUGAAGAAUUUUAUACAGAAGAACUUUGCAACCAAGCUAAAAUUAUUCGUUGGCUGCUAAACCAUGAGCCUACAUUGAGACCUUCCUCCAAGGAACUCCUGAGUUCUGACCUUCUGCCCCCUCCCCUGAUGCAGGAGACAGAGCUGAGUGAGAUUUUAAGAUCUACAAUCUGCAAUCCCCAGUCCUCGUCCUACAGAUACAUGUUGAAUGCUAUAUUUAAACAAGAGGUCUCUCCUCUCCAUGACAUCACUUAUGAUCAAAGAAAUUUUGAAAAUGUCAUCUCCUGGAAGACUGCUCUAGUCAACCAACAGUUAGAGUCAGUGCUAACACAAGUCUUCACUAGUCAUGGAGCACUUCACAUCCCCCUUCCAUUGUUGGUGCCAAAGUGUAGUGUCUAUGAAGACAAUGAGCAGAUAGUAAUGGUGAUGGACCAUAGAGGAGGUGUUGUCACUCUUCCAUUUGACCAUAGAGUUUCCCUAGCACGCUAUGUAAUGAGAAACAAUGUCCAGUCCAUGAAGAGAUACGCUCUAGGAAAAGUUUUUAGAGAAAAGAAAUUUUUUAAUGUCCUGUACAAUGUCCACCCAAAAGAGUUGACUGAAUGUUCCUUUGAUAUCAUCACGCCAUCCUCCAGUGCUAGUUUGAUACCAGAUGCUGAAGUGCUGACAGUGGUCCAAGAAAUUAUUAAUAAGUAUCCAUCAUUACAGGCUCGGAAUUACUAUGUUAGGAUGAACCAUAUGUCUCUAUUGAAAGCUGUUUUAUUACAUUGUGGCAUUGCAGAGAACUUGCACUCCACAACCUUGGCUCUCCUGACAGAGAAAAUGCCCAGCAAACCCAAGAGCAAAAUCUCUGAUCUAGUCAGCGACCAUCUCAAAAUAAAAUUGUCAGAGCAAGCAGCCACCCAAUUGAAUGUUUUGUUGAAUGUUGAGGGUCCCAUUGACAAGGUUUCCAGGGAAGCUUGCAUCAGAAGUAUAACCAAAGGAACAUCCUUGGCUUGUUCAUUAGCUAAAACUGGAUUACAUGACAUUGAAAAUAUUAUAUCUCACACAGUCAGCCUGGGGCUAAAACUGAAGAUAAUUGUGACUGUUGGUCUAAUUUAUAAUCCAAAUCAAUAUUCUGGUGUCAUCUUUGAAGUCAUGUGUGACAGCAAGAAAAAGAAAAAACUGCUGCCUGAAGUUCUGGCUGCAGGAGGUCGCUAUGAUAAACUGAUAGAGAAAUUUAAAGUGUAUGCAAGUGCUUCAGAGUAUCCUCGUGGAGUUGGAAUUAGCUUAUCAUUUGACAGACUAGCAGCUGUUGUAGCGGAGGAUGAACAGAACAAAAACCUUUCCCCAUGUGAUGUACUAGUCUGCAGUCUGGGCUAUCACUUGAUGGUGAAGGAGAGGUUAGCAGUAGCCAGAGAACUGAGGUCAGCUGGCUUUAGAACUGAAGUCUUAUUUGAUAAGCCAGAGGACUUUGAUGCUUUGCAAGAAAAUUGUCGUAACAGAGGCAUCUCUUACAUUGUGAUUAUAAAAGAGAGUGAAAUGAUUUCAUCUCAAGUCAAGGUUCAGUGUUUAGACAAAAUGACAGAGAAAAUGUUGGACAGUAGAGCUUUAGUGGACUACUUGAAUAGAUUGAAACAUUUGAGAGAAAGAGAGAGAAGUGUCUCAUCAGAGACGGUCUCUAAUGCCAGAGCGUUUUCAAAAGACAAUCAAGGCUAUGGUGACGGGAGUCACAGUCUUGGUACCAGUAUGCAGUCAACUAACAGCAGUGGGCAGACAUUUUACAACUUUGUCUUUCUGUCUCAGGACAGCAAAAAAAGUCAGGUCACUCGACGGAAACAAGAAGCAAUAAUUGCUAACAAAAUAGCUUCUCAGUUUCCAUGGAUACCAGAUAAAAAUCUUGAGGUUCUUGCUUUGGACUUGACAUCCUCCAACAUUAAGAUUAUUCAAGCUCAUCUAGAGCUGAGCAAUGAAGAUGCCUUUGAAGACAGUAUUAAAGCUAUAAUUGAGAAGCUUGGGAAAUUCCGCAAAUAUCUAACUGAAGUUUUUGAAGCAAUUUACAGCAUAAAGUUCAGGAAAAGGUGCAGAUUCAUCUUUUUGUACAGCACCAAGGAAGAAACUUUACACCUAUUGGUGAUUCCAGAAGAUGGUUCAACUUCAUGAUAGUCAUUAGUCAGCUUUCAUUAUUGACACUUACAAUUGUACAAGUACAUAAAAGCUCUAGUUCAAGACAAAGAGGGCUGUAACUAUUUGCCAAAUAAAUGUGAAAGCAACUUACACUUUCGCAUGCCAAAGUUUUUGAUGUUUGAGUUGAAACAAAGAAUUCACAGUCUCCACAGUAUUAAUUUUGAGUUUCCCCAAGGAUAUACUCACUGUUAUUCUUUUAUUAGACGUUUUUUUUGUUGACAUUCUCAGCUAAUAAUUAUCUGAUGUCAUUAUGUAUUAUUCAACUACAACAUGCGGUACACAAUGGGUUACUAUAUUUUUUCCUUUUGUCCAUUAACCCUUUCACAAUGUCAUAUCAUGUUAUUAUUUUGUGUUCAACUACAACAUGCGGUACACAAUGGGUUAAUAUAUUGUUUCCUUCUGUCCAUUAACCCUUUCACGAUGUCAUAUCAUGUUAUUAUUUUGUGUUAAUAGCUUCCAGUAUUGUUGGUUUUGUUCAAUAUUUGCUUUUAAUUAAUUGUAUAGACUAUGGUAAGCUUUGGUAGCGUUGGAUGACUGUGUUCUGUGAUGAAUGAGUUAAAGCUUAAUAAUUGCGUUGUAUGUAGCUGAAUGUCAUAUCAUGUUAUUAUUUUGUGUUCAACUACAACAUGCGGUACACAAUGGGUUAAUAUAUUGUUUCCUUCUGUCCAUUAACCCUUUCACGAUGUCAUAUCAUGUUAUUAUUUUGUGUUAAUAGCUUCCAGUAUUGUUGGUUUUGUUCAAUAUUUGCUUUUAAUUAAUUGUAUAGACUAUGGUAAGCUUUGGUAGCGUUGGAUGACUGUGUUCUGUGAUGAAUGAGUUAAAGCUUAAUAAUUGCGUUGUAUGUAGCUCAGCUUUAACACUCUGAGGUAGUUGAAGGAGUGGUCUCUCUAUUGAUUUGAGGGGUUUGAAACCCUGUGUUACAUUCUUAUAUUUAUUGUUUGUAAUGUUUAAACAUAUCAAGCUUAGUCAGUUCCAAGAUUGUAUCUAGCAGGCAUUCACAACUGUGUUAGACAUUAUAGCAUUCACCAAGUAAGUUCUUGUACAUUGGUUUAGUUUAGUAGAGCAUUGAUACCUUGAAAGUUUGCUUUCUAUUGCAAAUACCAGCCAUUGUGUGAGUCACCAUAUUUAUUUAACUCUGGAUCAUUUUGUAUUUAUGUAACAAAAAAAAGUGAAGUUUAAAAGUAGCUCCCCCCCACCCCCCAAUGUAUAAUAAUUUGAGCCAGCAAAUCAAGGGAUCUGUGCUGGAAACAGAUUCUAAAUAUUUAAAGGGUGACUUAAAAUCUUAUGUUCAUUCAUUGUUUGCCAUUAUGACUUGAGUUAGAACUUCUUUUUGAGUCUACAAAUGUCCACUGACUUUUUUCCUUUUCACAUCAUCCUGUUUUCCUAGCUCUUUAAAAGCAUUCUCUUUCCAGGCUUAGUGAACUGAACACAUUAAAUGGCUGGCUAGCUGCCUUGUCAUGUGUUAUGCUAUCUGGAUUGUCAUCUCAAUGGUUUUAAGGGUCGAACCCUGCCAGCCGCAAUCCCCUCCCUCACAAAUCCUGCGGGAGUUUGGUAUAGAAUGUCAUCAUCUUCAAUUCUGAAGGAACAUCCAGGUAUAUUAAUAAGGUUUUUUAAAGAAUGGCCUUAAAGGUGUCUGACAAUUUUGUUUUUCCUUUUUGAGAAUCUGCACCAAAAGGCAGUUCUUGUUCACUAGAUUUGGCCAGCUAGAUUGUGUAUUUAUAGGAGUUUAUAAAUAUUUAGACAAGUGAAAAGACAUGAAAUGUAACAUUCUAGAAUUCAGAUCUAAGUAUCUCACUGACUAAGUUAGUUAACACUUUAAGCAUUAUUUUCACGUAUAAUAUUUUUUCUUUAUAUCUGUGAAAACAACUUUCUAGCCAAUUGAUUAUGUUUAAUUUUUUUAAAGUAGGAAAAAAAAUGCUAAUUGUGGUUUUCUCUAAAAUACUUAGAUCCUUUCUUUGUGUUUAGUGCUGUGCUUAAAAUAGGCUCUUGCAAGUUCACACAUUUUAUAAAGGCAUUACAUGGCUAUUUCUGUAGUGUUGAAGAAUACUUGUGAUAAAUAUUAUUAUGAUCAAUACUAUAUUUGCUCAAAGUGCCUUGACUCAGUGGCCAACUUCACAAGCAUUUUAUUGUAAGCUUGUGUUGACAAAGGCUGAUCAGGAUGCUGUUGAUUGCACAUUCCCCCCCCCCCCUCUUUAAUUGUAAAAUAUUUGCUAGUAAUGUUGUUAUUGACCAAGUAUUACAAAAAAUGAGGCCUUGAAUUUCUGGGACCAAGACAGAAAUCUAGACCACUUUUAUGUAACUGUAUAAAGUGUAAAUAAAAAUAUAUUUUAACAAAUGUGUGAAAAGUAUUACUGAUUUGAAUAGGACAGAUUGUUUGGAGUGCAGUCCCUUGUUUAGUUCAGCUUAUUGCAUAUUUUGUUUGAUUGGAUGAUAGAUAUAGAUAAAAUAUUUAUGAAUUAAA